AUGAGGGUUAUAGAAAUAACCUGUAAUCCCACCAUCACCACGAGGCAAUGGAAGCAGGAGGUGCCAAAGUUCAUCAGCCCUGAGCAGCUGCCCGUGGAGUUUGGGGGGACCAUGACUGAUCCUGAUGGCAACCCCAAGUGCCUGACCAAGAUCAACUAUGGGAGUGAGGUGCCCAAGAGCUACUACCUGCGCAACCAGGUGAGAAUGCAGUAUAAGCACAAGAUGACGGUGGCCCGAGGCUCCUUCGUGCAGGUGGAGAACGAAAUCCUGUUCCCGGGCUGUGUGCUCAGGUGGCAGUUCGCAUCACAUGGGGCAGACAUCGGCUUCGGGGUUUUCCUGAAGACCAAGACGUGUGAGCGGAAGCGGGCGGGGGAGAUGGUGGAGGUGCUCCCCAUCCGGCGCUACAAAGCCCACCUGGUACCUGAGGACAGGAGCCUCGCCUGCCCCAAGGCUGGCAUCUGUCAGUAUUGGCAGCGAACAGCUCCACUAGGAGCUGGGGGGCUGGAGGCAGAUGUCUUGAGGUUUGAUAACACUUAUAGCCUAGUUGAUUCCAAACACAUCAACUCCACUGUGGAGGUGCUGCUCACUGACCACACCUUUGUGGAGAAGACGGAGAGAUCCAGGCUGGCUGCUGGCGUCCUAGUGUAG